AUGGAGGGUUGGAGCGAAGCGUGUCGCGGAAGCGCGAGCGAAGAGCGGAUGGUUGAAGCCAGCAAGGGGCGAUGGAUUCUGAACUCAGGCAAUCUCGCAUGUCAGAUUGCCAGCUGGCUGCCGCUGGUGCGCUUGCCGGCCUUUCGCCGCUGCAAUCAAAGCUGCUAUCGCAGCGUGGUGGCUUUGUUGGCGUCCGACGCAGCCUUGCGAGAGGAGCUGGAGGAGGCCUUGUCCACCGCCUUGGCGCAGGUCGACAAGCGUGUCUGGGUGGGCAUUCGCCUCCGGCCUCAUGAUCGUCAUGAUGGUGCAGAGAACUGUUUGCAGGUGGACCGACGUCAGAUCGUCCAAACCUUGGGCCCUGCCAGCCGGGUCAACUUCUUCUUUGAUGAAAUCUUCAAGGAAGACACCAGGCAAGAGGAUGUUUGGAGCCGAUUACAGGGCCCGAUGAUGAGAACUCUCUUGCGGAGGGAGCAUUGCUGCUUGUUCGCCUAUGGGCAGACGGGUUCCGGCAAGACCCACACGGUCUUCGGAGAUCCCAGCACUGAGUCCUCCAAGGGCGUGGCCUUUCGACUGCUUGAAAAUCUCGGCAAGCUUCUAAAUGGUGACACCUAUCCGAGCAUUUCAGAGGAGGUUCAAGAGAAGGCAGUGAUCGAGUUUAGCUUUCUGGAAGUCUACAACGAGAAGAUUCAUGACCUGCUGUCAAACUCGAAGCUUUGUACACUGGCAGGCGAGCGGGAGGAGUUGGAGCCCGGCAGCGCCUACAAGGCACCGAUCUUGUCGGCGGAGGAGCGCGUGGUGGUCCGCGGCCUGACGCGGCGGAGGUGUGAUCCUGGACAGCUCACCCAGCAGGUGGGGUCGUGGCUCGUGGAGGGCGCCGCCUCACGGAUGGUCGGCAAGACCGUCUUCAACCCUCGCUCGAGUCGAAGCCACGCGGUAGCAACCAUUCAUAUUUGCUGGAAUGACAUGCCGGACCAGAAGAAAGGGAAUGAGACCAGAGUGUACAUCGUGGACUUGGCCGGCAGCGAACGGUCUGGCCAAUAUGCCACCAAUACAGAGCAGCUGCGAGAAGGAGCUCACAUCAACUUGAGCCUUUCCACCUUGGGCCGCGUCGUGACCGCCCUGUCUCGUGGUCAUGGUGAUCAUGUACCACAUCGAGAUUCAGCCUUGACUUGGCUACUGACCGAUGCGAUUACAGGGCAUCAAGCACGUGCCUUCAUGAUUGCCUCUGUGAACCCGCUCCAUAGCGCAGAAACUCUGAGUACCCUUCGCUAUGCUCAAGCGUACUCUUCGUUGCAGUCGGAUCUCAGCACGAAGAUCCCGCGGCUGAAAGCCAUGCUGAGAACCCUGCAGCGGCAAAUGGAGAAAGCCAGGUACGAGCUGGAUUCGCUGUGUCUUGACAUCAAUACCAACAGCAGGUCGGGCCGAACCACUGAAUGGAGUCGCGACACGCUGCGCAGCCGAGUGGUGCGCAUUGCCCGGCGUGGGCAAGAGCAUUUUCAGAAUCAUCCUUUCUUUAAGUGGACUGACGCCCACGAGAUGAAGGCGGUGCUUGGUCAGGCAGGCAUUCUGGAGGAGACCUGCGCAAGGCCUCCGGAACGGGAGGCAGAGGAGCCGGAGGACGGCCGCCGGCGGCAGUUCCGGGAGCCAGGUUCUGCAUCCAGCACCUGCGCUCGAGUGAUCUUUGCAGGACGCCAUGGCUACCCACCCGUCCAGCUUUGGUUCCCUGAGGAGGCCCUGGAGGACGUGACACCUCAUCCUCGCCUCCGGGAGCUCUUGACCACCUUCGAAAAGGCGGAGAUCGCUUUCCAGCAGAAGCAAGCGCAACUGGAUGCGACGGUGAAAGCCUUUGCGGCGCAACAACAGCAGUGGAUGGACUAA